AUGCGAGUAUCACUAAUUGCAGGAAUCAUUGAGUUCCAUAGCCAGGCCAUAAUCAUCGAGUCUUCCUCAUCCCAUGCAGUAAAACUUGGAUCUCCCUCGGCUGGACCAGUACCAGGGAACCGAAGCUUGAUGGGUAUUACUCAUAUCAUAGUUGAUGAAGUUCAUGAGAGGUCUUUAUUGGGUGAUUUUAUUCUAAUUGUGUUAAAGAAUCUAAUUGAGAGGCAGUCCAGUGAAGGCUCUUCAAAAGUCAAAGUCAUUCUAAUGUCAGCAACUGUGGAUUCAAGUUCAUUUUCAAAAUACUUUGGUCAUUGCCCUGUAGUUACAGCAAAAGGCAGGACUCAUCCAGUGACAACAUACUUUCUUGAGGAUAUAUACGAUCAAAUUAAUUAUCGACUUGCUUCAGAUUCACCCGCGUCUUUAGCAAAUGAAACAUUUUCUAAAGGACAGAACUCGCAGAGAGCUUCUGUAACAAACAGCAGGGGGAAGAAGAAUCUAGUCUUAUCUGCAUGGGGCGAUGAGUCUCUGCUCUCUGAAGAACAUUUUAAUCCAAAUUUUGAUCCCAGUUAUUAUCAGUCAUUCAGUGAACAAGCCCAAAAAAAUCUGAAAAAAGUGAAUGAGGAUGUCAUUGAUUACGAUCUUAUUGAAGAUCUAAUAUGUUACAUUGAUGAAAGUUGUGGUGAGGGUGCUAUCCUUGUCUUCUUACCGGGAGUGUUUGAGAUAAAUCACUUACAUGAUAAGUUAGCAGCGUCGUACCAGUUCGGUGGGCCAUCUUCAGAUUGGGUUAUUCCUUUGCAUUCAUCAGUUGCGUCAACUGAACAGAAAAAGGUUUUUUUACGCCCUCCAGGAAAUAUACGCAAGGUUGUUAUAGCUACAAAUAUAGCAGAGACCAGCAUAACAAUAGAUGAUGUGAUAUAUGUGAUUGACUGUGGAAAACAUAAGGAGAAUCGUUAUAAUCCGCAAAAGAAAUUGUCUAGCAUGGUUGAAGAUUGGAUUUCUCAAGCAAAUGCAAGGCAGCGUCAGGGUAGAGCUGGACGUGUAAAACCUGGAAUUUGCUUUCGCUUGUACACUCGUUAUAGAUUUGAAAAACUCAUGCGUCCUUAUCAGGUCCCAGAGAUGCUUCGAAUGCCAUUAGUUGAAUUGUGUCUGCAGAUUAAGUUACUAUGUCUUGGAUAUAUCAAAUCGUUUUUGUCUAUGGCUUUAGAACCUCCCAAAAUUGAAGCAAUUGAUUCGGCAAUGUCUUUAUUGUAUGAGGUCGGUGCUCUUGAGGGAGAUGAAGAGUUGACACCUCUUGGGCAUCAUCUGGCUAAACUACCCGUUGAUGUAUUAAUUGGGAAGAUGAUGGUGUAUGCUGCAAUUUUCGGUUGCUUGUCACCUAUUCUUUCAGUUUCCGCAUUUUUAAGUUACAAGUCUCCGUUUGUGUAUCCUAAGGAUGAGAAGCAGAAUGUUGAAAGAGCAAAACUAAUAUUGUUGAAUGAAAAGCAAGAUGGGCCUGGUGACGUAAAUGAUAUUGAUAAGCAAUCUGAUCAUUUACUUAUGAUGAUAGCCUACAAAAGAUGGGAGACUAUUUUGAAUGAGAAAGGAGGUAAAGCUGCACAGCAAUUCUGCAAUUCAUAUUUUCUGAGCAGCCCAGUAAUGUUUAUGAUAAGGGAGAUGAGGAUACAGUUUGGAACUUUGCUAGCAGACAUUGGUCUCAUUACUCUUCCAAAAUUUAAUCAGGUGGAUGGCAAAAGGAUAGGGAGUCUUGACAGAUGGCUUUCUGAUGCAUCACAACCAUUUAAUAUUUAUGCACAUCACUCUUCGAUUCUGAAGAUUUUGGAGUCGGGGAGGACGAUUGGCAAUGCUAAAGAAUGUGUUGGACUCUAA